UUUUCGGGAUUUCAGGGUAUUUUAUAUCACGUGACACUUGAAAUAAAAUAUAAAACAGCUGGCAGUAUGUCUUAAUAUUUAUAUUUUGAGGGCACAUUUUGUAUUAAUAAAUGCUCUCACGUAUAGUGAUAGUUGACGUUUCAGCUCCUUGAAAUAUGGCUAGUUUGGUCAUCUUACUUACUGUAGCAGCAUUCCUUGUUGCUGACGCAUAUGCACCGGCGGAGUUGGAGACUGGUUUAAGGCAGCGCACACCUUCAGUACGUGAAGUGGAAGCCGCUGUUGAGAAAGCAAGGGAGAUCAACCUUCUGAAGAGGGGAAUUAACUUAGUAGGAAGAAAUUAUACUGGCCGAAGCGUCUCGAGAUGCCCUCUGUCUUUGCAUCAUGGGACACGUCAACUGAGCGACGCAAAGAUAAGCACCAGAGCGAACGAUGCCUUAUUGGCAGUGCGAACUUUGAUGAUUGACGGUGGAUACAGUCUAGAAGAUUUACAACACGAUUCUGUUCGGGGUAUUUUCAAGCGUAUAAAUGGUUUGAGCUGUGAGGUCCCUCAACCCAGCAAUUGCGAUUUUAGUAGCACGUACAGAAAUGCAGACGGGUCUUGUAACAACAGGCGCAAUCCGGAAUGGGGGAUGGCCGGAAGUGUACAACGGAGAGUUUUAUCAAACGAUUACGAUGACAAUCUUGGUUCACCAAGAACAAAAGGCUUUAGAGGUCGGUCAUUGCCAAACUCCAGGACUGUGAGUAACACUGUUCACUGUAGUUCAACCUUCCAGGAGACUCGGAGCGACAGGCUUACUUUACAUGUAAUGGGUUUCGGACAGUUCUUAGACCAUGACAUUGCUCGAACGCCUGAAACAGAGGUGGAGGACUGUUGCGAUACAAACUUGAGAGGAGAUAUUGACAGAUGUUUCAAUAUCAUUGUACCACAAUUCGGCUACGAAUCAUCCCCCAUAUUUGUUCCUGGGUAUUGUAUGGAAGUCAGGCGAUCAGCGCCCGUGUUCUGUCCUGACGCUACAUCAAGCGGUGUUUCUUUAAGGCAACAGACGACCAGUUUAACGUCAUUUGUUGACGCAUCCAACGUGUAUGGCUCAUCUACGUCAAGUCAAGCAGAAUUGCGCGAAAAUGGGAAUGGGUAUCGCUUGAAGACAGCAGUUUUCGGUAACCAGGAACGACUGCCCAAUGGACCGGCAGAUACUUGUACUUUAACAAAUUCUUCUCAGAGUUGCUCUGUAGCAGGUGAUGGCAGGGUCAAUGAAGUGCCGACUCUGACAUCAUAUCAUUUUCUCUUCGUAAAAGAGCACAACCGAAUUGCGGACACAAUAAAAGAAUUUUACGACGAUGAUGAAACAAUCUUCCAAGAGACAAGACGAAUACUUAUCGCGAUCAUGCAGAAGAUUGUUUAUGACGAAUUCCUGCCUUCAUUCCUGUCACGGAGAGGAUUGGAAAGAUACAAACUGCAAAGUUCGGCGAAUUACGUAUACAAUCCUAAUACUGAUCCAACGAUGUUGAAUGCAUUCGGCAUUGCUUUCAGAGUUGGACAUACAUGGAUCCCACAACGAAUGCGCCUAUUCAGUAGAUCCCUAAACCAAAUCAGCACUCCAGGUUUUACCAGGAAAACAGAGAACACCUUCCAAAAUCCAGACAUGACAUAUUUAUCCAAUGGAUUUGAAAGGCUUGCCUACUAUUUGUCUGGGAGCCAAUCUCCAGAGACUGACAGAGUUAUUGAAGAAGCCAUAAGAAGCCGGCUAUUUUUAGAUACAGACAAUAACAUAGCAUUUGAUCUUGCGGCACUCAACAUCCAAAGAGGACGGGACCAUGGACUUCCGUCGUACAACGAAUACAGGAAGUGGUGCGGAUUGUCCUCUGUUCGUAGCAAUUGGGAUUAUUUUUGGGGCAAUUCUGGUCUCAUUGAUCACACAAAUCAUGCAAGACGAAUGUUAAGAAAUGCUGGUUAUAAAUCACCACUUGAUAUCGACCUGUUUGUCGGCGGACUAACGGAGACUCCUCUAAGGGGCGGGAAUCUUGGACCUACGUUUGAGUGUAUAAUUGGACGGCAGUUCCAACGGCUGAAAUUCGGAGACAGACUCUGGUACCAGAACAAAGAUGCUGGAUUCACAGACGAUCAAAUUGCAGCUAUUCAGAGAUAUUCAUUAUCCAAAGUUCUUUGCAACAACUAAAACUUUGAAAGAGUCCACUUUCCGAGUGCAUUUGAGUCACGAUCACCGGGAGAAGGAGAUUGGGGAAACCAUGGAAGUUGGUGGAAUUCUGGAAACUCAGGAAGUUGGGGAAAUUGGGGAAACUACUAUCGUUCUAAUGACUGGUACGAUGAUUGGGACUGGUCACAAAAUCCAGGAACAAAUGGCAGGGCAACUCUAACAUCUUGCGGCGAAAUUCCCGAUCUUGAUCUUGCUGAAUUCGAACCAAACUUUUCUAAGAAAACGAUGACAGAUGAGCUUCGGAGCAAUGUUGACAUUAAGGAAAAACUGGAACGAAUGCUUGAAGAGAUAGGAGAAAUGUGACAAGACACACAUUUUUUAAAGUUGAAAAUGACUUAUAUCUUAAUGAAAUGUAAACAAAGAUUUAACUUCACUAAUUGUCCAUCUUAUUCUAUAUAUCUGCAUGAAUGUUUCUGAUGUGUCAUGUUUGUCUAUGUAAUUGUUUCAAGAUAUUGUCUGGUUUCUUACUUGUUUUCUAAUGCUGAACUUAAACGCUGUAUAAAAUAUAUGUCAAAUAAAAUAGCUCUUCGUCAAAAAUGUUGUCAACAUCUUUGUUUUGUAGGAAUUUGUUUGUGUUUCAUUUUUGAUUUUUUGUCAAGAUUUCAACACAGUAACUGAAAAAAGCACCUUUAGUUGUUGGUUUUCGUAAAUAAAACUUACAAUCUCUAUACAUCUUUACUGAUAAAAUAUUUUUACGAUUACCUAAAGUUAUUCGUGCAUUUAAUUAAGAUAAUUCUUUUUUAGUGAAUUAGUAAAGCUUCAUGUCAAAACAGAUUCGUUUAAAUACUGAUUUAAUCUUUUGAAUAAUACAUGUAUGUAAAAAAUAGUGUCGAAAACUUAAAUGCAUGAUACAGGUGUACUGAAGUUGUCAAAUUUUCCAUUAUUAUCUUUGUAAUGAUGCGGGUUGCAUGGCCCUUAAAGGUGUACACAUGUAUUCAGAUUCACGUUGAAAUAUCUACUUAAACGAUACUUGUUUACAUCUGUGUUAUUUUCUAUAUAUAAUAUCAAUUGCUAUCUGUUAUAAACAGAACUUACUUUUAAUAAAGUUCAUCCAGAGGCAUGUGCUUUUAAGUGCCAAGUCAUAAAUCAUUUCUACCAGUGAGUACGUCUUCGUCAAAUGCCAAUAUACUUUAACUGGUGCUAGAUACCUGAUUUCCAGUAACAUUUAAUUUAGUUUUCUGUUUUCAAAAAUACUAUCAUACGUAUUGCAGUUUUUAUAUCAAAUGCUUACGUUUGUCCGAGAUUAAGACAGUUUAAAUUGUGUGUUGUAUGUUAUACAGAUGUCAUGGCUGUUGUAUUUAUAUUUUGUAAGUUUUAAUAAUCAUAAAAGAAAGACAUUAUUUCCAUUAUAGCUAAGAGAGUGCUCUUAUUUGACAAGGGUGACAGCGGGGAAUAGUCACAAAAUAACAGAUAUAUAAUUAUAUAUCUAUUCUGUCCAUUCCUUUUCUGUAUUUCGGUUCAGCAAGAUACAUGGACUGAUAUGUAUAAGAAAAAGGUUAGAAGUUAUAUACAAACAUACUUUCACGAAAACAAAUGCUUUUUACUGACAUGAUUGAUACAAUAGUUAAUAUUUACAGGGUCAUCUCUUAUUAUAGUUGUUGUUUGUAAAUAUGUUAUGUUUGUAUGUAUAUACAUGUGUCUAGUUGGUGGUGUAUGGGCCGGAGGCCUGAAUCACAAUAAUGAUUUGAUUUGAUUUUUUAUUUGAAAUAUAUGUUUCUCUUGAAAUGUUUCCGACUUGUCAACGUAACUAAUCAUGGUUAAGAAAUGGUUACGGUUUAGCAGUGUCUCUCCAAAUAAAAUGAAAGCGUUGUGUUUUACAUGAAAACUGGAAAUGAAAUAAAACCUGUUUAUUACGCUACAAA